AUGCGCUUCAAGUCAGAUGGACGCUCUGCGAGCUCACCGAAGGCCGCACGUGUGACACUGUCAGACGCGCUCGCGCUUCCGCAUGUCAUCGAGGCCAUUGCCACGAGCUUGGACAACCAGGACGACUUUAGCAGCUUCUUCCACGCGGUGCCACGCUCGCUCUGGACGCCGGCGCUCACGGCCUUUCUCGACUGCAGCACGACAACGCCGCCUUCGGUCCACGCCUACUGGCCGCACAUCAAGCUGCGCGACAUGGACUUGCCGCCUUCGGUAUUGGCGCUGCUCGCGGCGACGCUGCCGCUGCGUCCACGCAUCGAACUCCAGUAUGUGAUCCGCGACGCAGCGCGACUGGUCUCGCUCGUUGCCGCCCUCGGACCUGCGCUCCGCAGCAUCUUUCUCGAUUUCGACGAAGGCGCCAUGAUCCAAGGCCAAGGCCGCGCGAUCAGCAACCUCCUCUUGCAGCGCUGCCCACGUCUGCGCCACAUGAAUAUCUCGGUCAUUUCUUGUUCGGAGAACGAGGCCGUCGAGCUCAACGAUCUGCUCGCUGUCGUCGCCCACCCGCAUGUCCACAACUUGUCUAUCAGCCUCGAGAGCGUGACUAUCGCGCCGCCACGACUCGGGCAUCACUUGGCAACGUGGCUCUCGACGGCACGACCGGCGACGAUUCUCAGUCUGGCUCAUAUCGACCAGAUGGACCAUGAGGGCGCAAUUGCGUUCUACGAUGCGCUGCAAGCCAACACAACCCUCCAAGAGCUUAUUGUCUACAACACGCCUGCCCUCGGUGGCUUCCACGGGCGCACGCUCCCAGUGUCGUUGAAGCGCUUGAGGUGGAAUGUGGACGAGGUUGUCGACGCCGCAAUGCUGACGGACCUUGCGACCGCCGUCGGCCCCACGCAGCUCGAGCACCUCGAGUGCAUCGGCUUUGGACAGUUGGCGACAUGCCCGGCCGCGGCGCCGAUGCUAUCGCAACUGCAGUCGCUCACCGCGUCCAGUUUGUACGCCGACGACAUGGAAUCAUUGAUCGCGGGCGUGUCGUUGGUCCCGGCGCUGACCUAUCUCGUGCUUCGCGGUGGCAACCUCUCGACCUUUAUGGAGCUGCUCCUGGAGGCGCUCGCGACGACGUGCAUGCGUCUUUCAGGUUUGGCUGUCGACGAUCGUAAUUUGACGCGCGAUGGGGCCACCGCUGUUCUUUCGGGCGUAUUGCGACUGCCACGCUUGACGUCGCUGAGACUCUCGAUGCAUCUGCUGGAUGUGUUGCACGUGCUUCCAGAGCACGUUGCUGCGGGCCGCCACCUUCGGUGCCUCACCUUGAAAACCAUCGAGUUCAACGUCAAAGAUGAGGAGAAGUGCGCGAUCUACAAGGCGCUGGCGCAAGUCCCCGACGUCCCAUUUGUGCUUCAGAGGCUGCCAAAAGACAUGGAAAAGUUCGUGGUCGACGCGCUCAGUCCACGCGCCGAUCGUCGCCACGAGUGCAGCAACUAA